AUGAUGCAAGCGUCAGCAUCAGCUACGCUCACUCCGGAUACCUCACCUCAAUUAUUUGACGAUAGUCUCCAUGACCUUCAGCUUCUUUGGGGUAGCAUGGAUUCGACCUUCCCCAGAGAAGAAUCUUUCCCCUACGGUAUUCCAAAUGAGCUCAUCUUCUGGCCUGGUUUCGAUGUUCCGGAGCCGACAUACUCUAGAUCUCCGGGGCCACAAAUAAGUUCAAACUCUCGCGAGUCACGAUCAAGCACCCUAUAUUCUGAGGAUGAUGCCUCAUUGUGUGACUAUCGGCUUCCUUCAUUGCAACAAGAAGAUGAAGCCGAUUCGCAAGUCCUCAAAAAUGCCUCUUAUAACAAAGGGUCCUCCACGAGCUUCCAGGAGGCUUCUGGGGCUGGAAUUCCCUGGCGCAUAUCCAAAGAAUGUUACCAAACAGUUGUUGAAAAAAUCGACCAAGUUCGAGAUAUUCUUCCAGAAACAUUCGCUUUACCCUCCAAGUAUGUUUUUUGCAGAUACAUCGAAGGGUUUUUCACAGGAAGUCACGGGCAUUUGCCUUUUCUUCACUUUCCGACUGUUUCAGUCGCAUGUAUAACACCACCUCUGAUUUUAGCUAUCAUCGCCAUGGGGGCGAAAUAUCGAUUUGAACGAGAUCGCGCGGUCUCCUUCUAUAGGGCUUCGAAGUCUCUGGUUGAGCACCACAUCCGACUGUAUACGAACUCGAAUCUUCAAUCUGCUGGGUCGCAGAUCGAACAUGUGACCGAAGAAACAAAGAUUGAGAUUUUGCAAGCUCAGAUUAUUCUCACAACCCUGGGUGUAUGGGGUGCCAAUGACCUGCUUCAUGACUCUUUUUCAAUGGCUGGUCAAAUGGCGCUCUAUCUCCGCAGUAGUGGACUCCUCUCACAAGAUAGCUACUGCAACAAUGGGACAUGGAGGUCUUUGGUGCGAGAAGAAGGACGGCGACGCACCAAAUUUAUCGCAUAUAUGCUUUGCAAUAUCCAAACAAUUCUACAUAAUACACCCACCAAGAUUAUGAACAGCGAAAUAACGUCUCUUUAUCUCCCUUGGCCGGAGGAAUUAUGGAGAGCUUCUAGCCCUGCCGAAUGGAAAAUUCUUCGUUCAAAAUGGUCUGCCAAUGUCUCAUUUGGUGAUGGAUACACUCAAUUGUUUCAAUCAAAAUCCACGCACAAAGAAGUCUUCAGCCUAUCUUCGUUUGGAAAUCUCAUCCUGAUUCAUGCCGUGUUUCAGCAAAUAUACUUGGCACGAGAGUCUGAGGUCUGCUAUUCAAUGUCUACAGGCGCACAAAGUGGAACCUUCGCACCCGAGGUGCUCGCAAGAUUCCAUUCUGCACUUCAUAGGUGGCAAAAGAGUUGGCAGAUUAGCUCUGAUCCUUCAAUGACACCGUCCUCUCCAAAUGGGCCAUUGGGAUUCAAUGCAACAGCCAUCUUUCGCAUAGCUUACAUUCGACUUCAUAUAAAUCUUGGCCCUCACCGCAGCCUAGGAACAGGAGAUCCGGAAACGAUUGCCUAUGCCUUUCUCAACGCACCUCUACCUGCACAAACGCCAAAGAUCUAUCAUGCGGUUCUUCAAUCCAUUCAUGCUCUUUCUAUACCUGUGCGGCUUGGAGUUGAAUACGUCGCCAAGACCCAAACUCUGACCUGGAGUACGAUACAUUCCCUUUGUAAUUUUGAGUGUGCUUUGUUCUUGUGCAAGUGGCUGGAGACUCUUGCCUUGAAUCCUUCAGGCCUGCAUCGUGAUGAGAGACGGCUUUUACGAAUGAUAAUAAGCGUGCUGCGUGAAGCAGACUUGACCCCCGUGGGGGAUGACUUGGCAGAAAUUGGAAGCAAACAGCUACACCUGAUAGGAGCCGUGCUCAUUCGGUUACUUUCUCAGAUAAUGAAAGGUACGCAUGUCUUUGAAGGUAUGGACAUCUUGUGUGAAGCUUUACAGACCUAUGCCAAUCUUCUAGAAAGUAGUCUCAACGUUGGCAGGGAGAAUUAG